AUGGAGUUUUUCCGGACCAGGCACUCUGCGCGGAAGGCUCUGCAACGACAGGGGCUCUUGGCGUUGGCCUGCUUGGUGCACGACGGAGGUAUUGACCAUUAUGAUUUGAACUCGCGAGUUGGGUUGGACACAGCCACAGACUGCUUCAUUGAUUCAGAGAUUUAUGGAUAUUCCAUUACCACGUGGGUAGCCAACAGAACUGCGAAUGCACGACACCUCUUCAGAUAUUCUUUGUGCAUUCCGACUGCCAAGCGUGCCAUCAGCGCUUGUGCUUUCGAAGAAAGCAUGUGGUGCUGCAAGCACAGGCAGCACGUGAAGCUCGCCGAGACGCCGCCCGUGCCAAAAGCGCCGCCGGCGAAGCCGCGGCCGGAGGGCAGGAUUUGCCCCAUCACUGGCCUGGAAGGCAUUUGUCCCAUGGCCAGAAAACCUCAGCUGAAAGAAGGGGAGAAGGCUCCUGAGCUGAAAGUGCUGAUGUUCCUCAUGUGGGAGGAGGGUGAAUCGAAAGUGAGCGUGGGUGUGUAUCCUCAUCAAAGUCCACACUGGGCAGCGCUGGAGAUCCCGGACACUUCCAGCAAGGAAGAGAUCAAGGCGCAGUACCGCAAGCUUUCGGUGAAGUAUCAUCCUGACAAGAACAAGGAGGUGCCGCGCGAGAAGUUUCAGCGCAUCACCGAAGCCUAUGAGGCCCUCAAGGACACUGACGGGCAGCUGGCGUUUCCCUGGGAGAGCUUCCCUGAACGGCAGCAAGCGAUGAAAGGCCCAGAUCUGAUCCGUACCCUGGGCUUCUUGGGUGCAGAGGUGAUGCAGCAGGACCCCAUCAAAGCGCAGUUCAUGCAGCAAGUGGUGAAGGAGGCGACCGAUUGCAAAGUGCUGCUGCACGAGAAAGAGACCAAAGAGGAAGACAAGACGCGCAAGGAAGUCUGGGCCGAUGCGCUCUGCGUGGACGAGCGGACGGGCGCCAACCAUUUGGUGAAGGUCUACCGCCGGAUCGUGCGCUUUACCGAAGAGUCACUGGAAAAGUCCAAGGAGGGCCUCGAGGAGGUGGAGGAUUGA